GGCCCUCCUCACACGUGGCCCCACCGCUCAGGAGCUUCUCCUUCCUCCAAGUCCGGCCCCAACACCCAAAGCUGAAGAGAGAGACCCGAACCCCGCAGCCAUGGCCAUGGAGCGACCUGUGCGGCUGGUGCUGGAUGCGUCCCUCCUCCUCGAUCCCGUCGGUGCAGGGGCGCAGGAGGCCGCGCCGGUGCCCACGCUGCGUCCCGGGGCGGAGGCGCUGCUGCGGCGGCUGCGCCACUCCAAUCUGGGCGUGGCAAUUUGCCAUACGGAGGAAAUGCCAACUACUGUGUCAGGCUUUCUUGAAAUGACAGCAGACUUGAACUCCUUUGGAUAUAUAUCACUACCUGCUCCAACUGGGAAUCACUUACUAAAUGAGUUGAUGUUAGAGUGGAGCAGAACGAGUUCUUGUUUUUAUGCUACUUCCAGAGUUGAUGAAGAUCUAUUUUCUGAACUUGAGAGCCACAACUGGAAGGUUAUUGCUGUAGAUAGUGAAUGUGGAACAAAAGAUUCUGGAGUUGUAAAUAUUGGCAAGCUUCAAGAGCUGCUUAUCACUUUGGCUACUUUAAUUAAAAAGGAAAUAGUUAGCUCAUCUAUUUUGAUGGUUGGCUAUGCAAUGAAACCAUCCCGUGAGGAAGACUUUGCCAAGAGAGGAGCAUUUCCCAUUUAUCCUAGUGAAAAUGGACUUAUCUUUGUCCCACUCUCAUUUGAACUUCCUUUAGCCUCUCAACUUCUAGAAGUUGACAUAAUCCUCCACAAAAUGACGGAUGAGAUCAUUACCAUUGAUCCAAAUUGCUCCAUCAGUUUUCCCAGGGGAAUUUCAUUUUCUGCAGGAAUGUCUGAAGUUAUAAGGUUUAUGGAAGAAUACCCUGAUUUUUGCAUCAUUGAUCCAUUCAAAAAUAUUUCCCCGUUGCUUGAUCGUCUGCAAAUCCAAGAAAUUCUAGUUAGAUUGCAAGAACUUGGCUCUGAAGGAAGGCCCAAACUCCGAGCACCACAUUCUUUGAAGGUCAUAAAAUUCAAUGGCAGUGAAUUACAGAAGCAACUAGCAGAAGCUAAUUUAUCAUUUCCACUCAUCGUGAAGCCACAAGUAGCAUGUGGAGUCGCUGAUGCGCACAAUAUGGCAUUAGUUUUCCAAAUUGAAGAGUUUAGCAACCUUAGUGUGCCUCUUCCAGCUAUUCUACAGGAAUACAUUGAUCACGGGUCCAAGAUAUACAAAUUUUAUGUAAUUGGAGACAAGGUUUUUCAUGCUGUAAAAACUUCAAUGCCCAAUGCAAAUUUGCUAAAAUCGUCAUCGGGGGAUGAACCUCUUACGUUUAAUAGUUUGAAGACUCUUCCAGUGGCUACCAAGGAGCAGCUGCUGCUGAACAGGGUACAUGAUAACAAAUCUCUGAACAUCGGUGUGGUGGAAGAGGCUGCAAAAUUGUUAAAGGAAUCACUUGGACUAACAAUUUUUGGAUUUGAUGUUGUUGUUCAGGAGGGCAGUGGAGACCAUGUCAUAGUGGACCUAAACUAUCUUCCGUCAUUCAAAGAAGUUCCUGACUCCGAGGCGAUGCCUGCGUUCUGGGAUGCAAUCAGGCAGUCAUACGAGUCGAAGAAAGGGAAGAUCGCGUGGAGCUCCAGGGAAACUUUCAGGAUUGCCGGCACAGUUUUGGCCUUUUGUUAUUCAGGCAAGCUUCCGUCACUAAUGGAGCACAUGAAGAGGUUCUCCGGCAUGGCGAGGGGCACACCCGCGUCGGCUCCGGCGCGGAAGGACGAAGACGAGAGCCUGCUUCUCUUUGGGGAACUGUACAGGCAUGAUCAGGAGAAGGAGGUGAACCUCCUUGACCCAAUGUACUCCGUGGAGUUUGAAGCCAUCCAAGGUGACCGCCGCAUGUUCAAACUCGCCUCGGGGAAGCGAGAUUACCUACUCACAGAUGGCGAAAAGAACGAUUACGAUUGGCUCAAGACUCCUCCUGCCACCCCGCUGUUCGCUUCCCUUGAGAUGGAAGCUGAUUCCGCCCAAAUGGUUUUCCAGAGGGAGCUGCCUAUCCUUCAACCAGUUAAAACUUCAAGGUUCUCAGGAAAGCUCGAUGCACUCAGUAGCACAUCGACGAAAUCUGAAUCUCCUACGACGUCCAGUUCCUCAAAGUCGGCCACUCCAACGGCAAGACCCAGCUCUUCGUCAGAGAAAAACCUCAGCACCAGAGGACCGUCCCCUGCCUUCUGCAAACAAGAGUCCCCAUCUUACAAAAUAGACAAGAGAUCAAGCUACACACCUCUGGGAAACAGGCUGCAGAAUGCAGUGGCAGCUCCUACAACAGACACCAAGGCAGCUAAGAAAACCUCGUCAGACAAGAAGACCGUAGCCCCAGGCAGCACAAAGGCAGCCAAGAACGUCGCAGACAAACCCGCGAUGAAGAAUGUCACGGCGGCUGCCCCAAGAGCUCGGACCAAGGAUCCUUUGGUUGGUGCAAAAGAUCUGAAGGUCGAUGCUGGCAAUGGUGGUGGCACAAGAAGAGUGUCGGUUGGUGCAAAGGAUCUGAAGGUCGAUGCUGGCAAUGGGGGCGCCACAAGAAGAGUGUCGGUUGGUGCAAAGGACCUGAAGGUCGAUGCCGGCAAUGGCGGCGCUGCAAGAAGAGUGCCACGUCAACCGGCUGCAGCAACAGGUAUCGGCAAAGACCCCUCUUUACUGCCGGCAGCGGCAAGAGGAAGGAGCAGAGGUGGCCAUGAGCCGGCUACUGGUAACGGUGUCGAUGCCACUGACGGGGCUGUGGUGAAGGGGAGGAGGAGAGCAGGCGGGGAGAAGGAGCAGCAGAGGCAGCAAAAGGUUGGAAGCCAUGGAAAGAAGCUGGUUGGGUAGCUUCCCCUGCCGGCAUUCAGCAUCCUGGCUGAAUUUUCAGGAAGGAGAUGGCAACAUUCGGUUCAGAAAAGAACUUUCCGUUGCCUAAAUGUAUGCAAAGUACUCCCUCCGUCUCAUAAUAUAUGAGUGUUUUUGACACUACACUAGUGUAAAAAACGUUCUUAUAUUAUGGUAGAGAGGGAGUACUUUUGAUUGAAAGGUUGUUCAUAUUUUGCAAUAGAGAUUUUCACCAUGUAGCUGAAUGGACAGUCUACACGCUGAGUAGCAGAACUGUCUUGUAAUACAAGUCGCUCAAGCAGUGAAAUCGUUGGU